UCCAUAACCUACUCAUGCUCGAAUUUGGACAGUACAGCAGCUGUAGGGAAGGAUAGAUCUCUGUAGUAAUGACCUGCAUGGAAAGUCAUCAUCCGUAGGCUAUACAAUAUAACGUUACAUGUACCAUGCAGGUCUCAAAUGCAGAUUUUCUUGUAUAUGUUCUGGACUGCAUGCAUUUAGAAGCUGUCAAGACUCACUAGGAUUGCAAAUGUAUGUUUACCGAUUGUUAUUUUGUUAUCAAUGUUUGCUAACAGUUAGCAGUUAGUUAGAACUGCAGGGAUAGUCUACGGUUAAUGUCAAGAAACUGACAGUUUCAUAACAGUUGUGUUUACCAACGUAACUAGUUAGCUAAUAAUCACGACCGAUUCAACAAAAUAUGGUAAUAAGCUCAUGACUACCCACUUGGCUGUUCACCUUGGACUUGUUGGACGUCAACUUGUUGGUGGCUAGUACAUUUUGAAGGUAGUGCUAACACAACAUGAUGAUGAGUCCCAGUGGUUUCUUAAAACUGUGCCAACGGCCGCCUUCUCUGUCAGCACUACGAAAUGGAAGCAUGUGGAGAUGGAAUUGUAGUGGAAACCUCAUCACAAAUGUCUGCCUAUGGACCCACCCCUCAAAGAGAUGUGUUUCCACAGCCCCCAGCCUCCAUGUGGCAGACUUGACUGAAAGGGAGAAGAGAGUUUUGGAUAAGCUUUAUGAUGGCCUUGUGAAGGGCCAUAGGGCAGCACUUGCAGAGUCAAUUACCCUGGUUGAGACGCAGCACCCAAGAAAGAAGGAGCUAGCCCAGGUCCUGCUGCAGAGAGUGCUGGCAUAUAGGCAGGAGCAGGAGAGAGCCAAUGGAAACCAACCUGUGGCCUUCCGAAUAGGGCUGUCAGGUCCUCCCGGUGCCGGCAAAUCCUCCUUCAUUGAGGUUUUGGGGAAGAUGCUGACUGGACAAGACCAUAGAGUGUCUGUCCUUGCCGUGGACCCGUCCUCGUGCACAACAGGAGGGUCAUUGAUGGGGGAUAAAACGCGCAUGACAGAACUAUCCAGAGAUAUGAAAGCCUUCAUCCGACCAAGCCCUACCUCAGGGACUCUCGGAGGUGUCACAAGGACCACCAAUGAAGCCAUUCUGCUAUGCGAAGGAGCAGGUUAUGAUGUUGUUUUAGUUGAAACAGUUGGUGUUGGACAAUCUGAGUUUGCUGUGGCAGAUAUGGUUGACAUGUUUGUGUUACUGAUACCACCAGCAGGGGGCGAUGAGCUGCAGGGAAUAAAGAGGGGUAUUAUUGAGAUGGCAGACUUGGUGGUAGUGACUAAGUACGAUGGGGACCUAGUGGUUCCGGCUCGUCGGAUACAAGCAGAAUACACCAGUGCCCUGAAGCUGUUGAGGAAGAAGUCUAAGUCUUGGAACCCAAAGGUGGUCCGUGUGUCGUCCCAAACAGGAGAGGGCGUGACUGAGCUGUGGAGCACCAUGCUGGCGUUCAGGUCGGCGGGCCUGUGCAGUGGAGAGCUGCAGACGCGCAGGCGCAGCCAGCAGAAGGUGUGGAUGUGGAGCCUGAUCCAGGAGAACGCGCUGAGGCACUUCCAGGAGCACCCCUCUGUGCGCUCAGCGCUGCCCCUGCUGGAGGAGAGGGUGACCCGCGGGGAGAUCUCACCCGGUCUGGCCGCAGACCUCCUCCUCAAGGCAUUCACCUCCACUACCUCAUGAGCAAGAGCAGGGCUCCAAAGCAUUGCUGUCAGUCUAGCAUGAUGAGCACAUCUCCUAUGCUAGAGAUUCACUUGAAGCGCUCGCUGCUCUGAUUCUGCAGCACAGAUGAGAGUGUUGGGGAGCACACAGGGACUGGUGGAGUUGUUAGACUGAGACUGGACCUUCAGUGUGAUGUGUGUGUCUUUGAUCAGAAUCCAGGUGGAGGCGUGUGUAAUAACAGCUGCUCUUAGGGUGAACUAUGAUGUGAAUAUCUCAUCCUCACUAAUGGACAAUCACUGUUAGAAUUUAACCUUUUACUGAAUUGAACCUUUUAAUCAUCAUUUAUGCUUGAGAUUUCAAGGGAUCACACUUACAGAUACAAUUCAUCUCCUGUAUGGCAAGUCAUUUUGGAUAAAAUCCUUUCUUGAAUCAA